UCCUGCCCAGGGACCCGCGCAGCUUCAUGGGGGUCAUCGGUCAGUGCGACCCCUCCCCAAAUUCACCUGAUACCCCUAACCCAUCCCCUGGGACCCUAUAACCACCUGGGACCCCCAAAUCCUCUCCAAAUCCCCUCCCGAACCCCCCAAAACUGCCCAGACCCCUCCCCAAAUUCAUCCCAAAUCCAGAGGGGGAAAAAGAGGGGCUGGGAAGGCGAUUUGGGGGCGGAUUUUGGGUGGAGUUUUGGGGGAAUUUGGGGGAAUUUCGAGAUUUUGGGGAUUUUGUGGGGAUCUCAGGACCCCCCGGGAUCCCUCCCCAGACCAGGCCACCCUGGAGGAAGCUUCCAGCAAUUUCCGCCGGACGCUGAACAGGGUCAUGACCCAGGACCUGCAAGAUGGGCAGAUUCACCAGGAGCUGCUCUGGGCCAUGAGAGAGAUCAAGGAGGACUUCGAGCGGCUCAUGAAGCGUUUCCAGAGCCAGGUUUAUUGCCCCAAUAAAUGCGGGCGGAUGGAGGUGCUGUGGAUCGAGUGCAUCUUCUGCAACCUGACCCGCUUCG